GCGAAGACAAUACAUCUCUUCAGAUCACUUGAACACGAGGGAUCUUGCAUACUGGCUAUAAAUCUAUCUCAGUGAAAGAAGCGCUGCAUAACUUGCAGAUCAUCUGCCUGCAUCUCCAACCUGGUGGAAGACAAUCUCUGGGACAGAUAGUCGAAGGAUUCAUAAAAGUAAUGGACCGAUUAAUGGACGGUUGCAGUAUCUGUCCGGCCUGCUUUUCAGCAGAAUUACUUGUUUCGCCUCAAGUACUGCAAUUCUGGGAAGAAAAGGCGAAGGCGUAUGGACCAGGCCUUGCAGGAGCGCUGUUCGGUGGGGGCUGGUGGUUCUGGGUUGAUGCUUGUGCAGCCAGCAACACCAAAGUCCCAUUCGUGCAGUAUCUCCCGGGCAUCAUUGCCACACUGGCGCUCAUCAUGAUCAAUGCCAUCAGAAGGGAUGAGCUGCAGGAAUAUGACCCCUUUGAUGAGGGUGUGUUCUGCCGCUCGCGCAUCUGGCUGUUCAUAUCCUACAUGGUCAGCUUUGCAGCGGUGGCUGGCGCGGUGUGGGUGCUGCUGGGCCACUAUGCCCUCAAUCCUGAUGUCACGAAUGUCUGGCCAGGAGUGGCAGGCUUAUUUCAGGUCACACUCAUACUGGGGAGUGCACUGCUGUUCUUUGUUGCCAGAACGCCCUCGGCAGAGUCCAACUACGGGGGUUACGGAGCAUUCUGAGAUCAGUGGAGCUUCCGUUUGCAGAAAACGGACCACACCUUGUACAGUAAUCCGUUUCACGGUGCAAGGGACCUCCAGUGUACAGCCGUGAGUGGACAACAUGUUUAUGUGUCAGUAGUUCUCAAAGAGAGCAGACCAAUACUAUAGUAGUACAUUAGUCACAUAGGGCAAUCAAACCUGGAAAUUGGGAACAAUGAGC